ACAAAGUGAGAGGAGUCGUCUGCUUUCAGCGGCAGCGGCAGACGGUGCCUCUUGAACAUCCCUUUCAUUGACACACAGGCAGGAUGGCGGCUGAGUGUGUUUCUGAGGGUCGGGACCCGAAGGAGAUGGGCGAGGAGGACCUGUGGGACCUGAUCAACGACAACCGCCACCGGAUCUCGUUGGACGUGAGGCCGUGCAUCGUGAUGCCGUACCUGAGGCAGGCCAGGGUUCUGUCUGAGGUGGACGAGGACGAGAUCCUUUCCUGCCACAACCUCACCAACCGCAGCAUGAGAACAAGCUACAUGUUGGACCUGCUGCGAACCCAGGGCAGGAAUGGAGCUGUAGCUUUGCUGGACAGCCUGAUGAUCCACUACCCGACCCUGUACACCCAAGUGACAGGACGCAAACCCAGCACUGAGCCCUCCAGAUUCAGCGGUCUCAUUAAGUACUCGGAGCUGACGGAGUAUCUGGUCAGAGCUGUAACCGGGAUGCAGAAGGAGCUUCAGGAGGCGCGCUCCGAGGCCAACAGAAUGAGUGAACGCUGCGCCUGCUUGGAGACGGAGAUCGGGCAGAUAAUGGAGCAGGAAGAGAAGUCCAGAUGCCUGCAGACUGAGAACGAACGCAUGCGGAGACAGAUGUGUGCUUUGCAGCGUGAAAUCACCAAACUGAAAGAUGAGAAGUGCGACUUUUAUGUGCGCUACACAGCCGCCAUUGAGGAAAAAUCUGUUGUGAACAUGCGUCUCCAUGAACUCACCCUGCAGGUUUACCAGCUGCAGACGGAGCUGCAGAAGGUCCAAACAGAGAACGAGUUCCAGAAGAGAUGUUCCCUCAGGUGUGCCCCUCCUGCAGAGACCCCACAACUGCAAGAGGAGGCUCGUCAGGACAUCCUGGCCAAGGACCUGGCCGAGGCCAUAGACAGCCAGGUAGAGCUGGCAAAGCAGCUGAGGACGUACAGAGAGGAGAACGAACUACUGCUCAGAGACAAACAAGGGCUCGUAGAUCAAAAGGAGUGUCUGAGCCUUCAGGUGCAGCAGCUUACCCUGGACUGUAACAUGCACCAGCAGAAGAGUACCGUCAUCCAGAGCCAGAUGAGAGAGCUGCAGGCCGAGAGAGACCAAGCGUACCUGUCCAGAGACGAGGCCCAGGCCAUGAUCGCCCGCCUCCUGGCUGAGAAGGACACUCUGAGGUGCCAGCUGGUGGAGCUCCAGGAGAGGAUGUUCAGUCUGAAAGCCACGCGCAGCCCCACAAGUGGACGGCAGAGCUCCGACGAGACAGAGGUCUGCUGGGAGAGCCCCAGGUCCAGCUGUGAGGAGGAGGUACCAUUCCCAACCAGACGCAGACUUCGCCGUAUGGACGCCAUCAAUCCCAUGUCUGUGAGUUCUGAGUGUGAAGAUCCUGGAGCAACCAGUGUCCGAUCCCGGAUCGUGGAGCCCCCCAGUCCAGACUCCCUUCGCAGGAGGCAGGGAGCUUUGUACAAAGACAGCAGCCUGGAGACAGCGGAGACCGACUCGCUGUUGGAUGACUUUGUUUUUCUGCCUGAUGUUCAGAAUGAAGACACACGUGCGUCCAGACUUUCCUCCACAAACGGCACCAGCUGUGACGGUGCCUCCAGAACAUCAGCCCCUCCCUUCCUAAUGCGGUCCCGUCCUAAAGCCAUCCGUAUCAGUGGUCGUGUCCUCACCAUCUCCUUCCAGGGGCAGAUGCUGCUCAGCCAGCUCCAGGUGGUCGGCGGAAACAAGACAGGAGUGUUUGUGCACCAGGUGACAAAGGGAAGCUCCGCCCACACUGUGGGUAUCAGCCCUGGUGCACAGAUAGUGGAGGUGAAAUACGAGCAGAAACACAAAGCUCUGAGGAUGGUGUUGGAGGAUUCCACUUUAGAGGAGGCUAUGUGGGCUCUGGGCCAGGUCCAAGGCUUCUGUCACCUCUCUCUGCGGCCUCGACAAGAUGACUACGAGGCUCUCCUGCAGACGCUGCAGAACACUGACACUUCAUCAGGAGACUCCUUCUACGUCCGCGUCAACAUGUCCCUCCCUGCCGGACCAAAUGGAACCUUAGCCGUGUCCUGUAACGACAUCCUCCAUGUGACCAACACGCAGCCCGCCGGAGCCAAGGACUCCUGGCAUGGAAGUCACGUCCACCCCUGUCAGCUGCUGGACCUGCAGAGUGGAACUGUUCCCAACUACUACAGGGCACAGAGACUUCUGAUUCGAGCGAUUGAAGAAAUGAAUUUUCAAACAAAGUCUCAAAAGCCUGGGCGUGUGGUGGCGCAGAAAGAGAAGGCGGUGAGGAUUGUCAGCACCGGACGGCAGGGGCGGAACCCACUGUGGGUCAGCGUGGAGAACGACAGCAGCUCAGAGUCAGGUGAUAAUGCACCCAGAUGUUGUGUCACCCUCAUGCCCUACACUCUGGUCACCCCUCACUACCCCCCCGUCUGCAGACCCAUCCUCCUCCUUCCCACCAUCCUGGGACGUGUCCUGGACAAGAAGUUGGCAGGAUGGCAGGGCUUCCAGCUCCCUGAGCCUGAGGUUCUGAGCCCCAGUGAGCAUGCAGCCCGGCUCCAGAAGUCCGAGAUCCUGGAAGAGUGCGAGCAGGAAAACUGCUGCUACACUUUACAGGGUGUGGAAAAAGUCAUGAAGAAGGGCAUUCACUGUGUGCUUCCUCUGGGUCUGGACUGUGUGCGUCGUCUGCACAGGGCCGACAUCUUCCCCAUCAUCAUCUUCAUCGGACAAACUGCACGUAGUGCCCAGAAGCUGAGGUCCAAGCUGCAGCGGCAGGGCCGGUCGGUGGAGCAGCUGCUGGUCUGUUCCAGGAGCGAGGAGCCGCUGCUGGACAAACUGCCCUGUCUGUACCACAGCGUGGCUCCAGACUCCUGGUGUGACCAGACCUCCCUGCUCACCAACCUGCGCACCGUCAUCUGGGAGGAGCAGAAGAAGAUCGUGUGGGUGGAGCCGGACCUGUGGUGAAACUUAUCCAGCAUUUAUAGCACAGGUGUCAAACAUGCGGCCCGGGGGCCAAAUCCGGCCCAUGGGAUGAAUUUGAGAAAUGCAAAAAUGACGCUGAAGAUAUGAACAAUCAGUGGUGUCAAAAUC